CUUCCACAUUUUUUACCAAAAAACAACCAGAUCCUCCUCCUCCUCCACCAUCACAACCACCACGACGAAAUCCAAUGGCAAACCCAAUAACAACAAAAAUUCUAUUCUCUCUCUUACUAUCUCUCCUAUUGGUAUCCUCAUCUCUCGCUAGCUCCGAUGUUCCCUUCAUCGUCGCUCACAAGAAAGCCACUCCCAGAAGCCUCAAAUCUGGAGCUGAGCGCGUCUCCGUCUCCAUCGAUAUUUACAAUCAAGGAUCCUCGACAGCAUAUGAUAUAACUCUCACUGAUGAUCACUGGCCUAAAGAUAUAUUUGAUGUUGUCAGUGGCAAUACUUCACAGUCAUGGGACAGGCUUGAUGCUGGUGGUCUCCUGUCACACGCUUUUGAAUUGGAGGGCAAAGUGAAAGGAAUGUUUCACGGUUCUCCAGCAGUCAUUACAUUCCGUAUCCCCACAAAGGCUGCCCUACAGGAGGCAUAUUCGACUCCCAUCCUGCCUCUUGAUGUCCUUGCAGAAAAACCUCCAGUGCAGAAGUUGGAGUUGGUAAGUUUGUUGUUGAAAUCUCAAAUAGACAAAUUCAUAUCUCUCUUUCUCUCUGCUGUUUACUGAAGCUUGUCUUUUUUCUUUGCUGUUUUAUGGGAUCACCUUUGGUCCGGCCAAAAUUAUGCAGGCAAAGAAGCUUUUGGCCAAGUAUGGGUCUCUAAUUUCUGUGAUCUCCAUUGUGGUUCUGUUCAUCUACCUGCUCGUUACCCCAUCCAAAUCCGGUGCUGCAAAAGCAAACAAGAAGAGACGUUAAACAGAGAAACUGAUCUAUUAGCUUUGCCUGCAAUUUAGAUAUUUCAGAGGCAUGAGCACUGCUAGUUAAAUGGUUUUCCGCCCUUAGAACUGAGAACAUCUGUUGAGUACCUUCGGUUUACAUAGUUGUUAAUGAGCAAGUGCUUGAUGAAUCAACCGAUCCCCAAUUGCUCACUAAAAUAACUAAUUUAUCAUCUUUGGCUUUGUACAUUUUGAUGAUCAUUUACUGUUUAUCAAUUUUGGAAUUCAAUAUAACUUUUUGCCAUGGAUA